AUGAAUGGUGUGGAGCUGCAGGAGCUGGGCAGUGAGGGUAGGACAGCCGCCCCAGGGUCCAGCGCUGGUCCCAGUGUUGGUCCCCGGGCAGGUCCCAGGACAGCUGCGGGGCCCAAAGGCUUCCACAACGCCUCCUACCUGCACGAUGAGGACCGACAGGAGAGCUUCAGCAGCGCGGCCUCGACCUCUGCCAACAACCAUACAAAGACCGAUUCUCCGCAGCCGCCUCUGGACUACGAAGACGACGAUGGCGAUGGCGCUGAACCAGGUGAUUCCAAUGACCUCCGAGAGUACCACCAGCACCCGGGGGACGACCACUCCGCUGACUAUGGCUUCAUCUUCGCCCUGGUCUUCUUGGUCAGCGGCAUCGUGCUUGUAAUCAUUGCGUACACCAUUCCACGUGAAGCCAAAGUGGACCCAGACACCAUUUCUGCGCGGCAGAUGGAACAAUUGGAACUUUACUACGCCCAGCUCGGAUCGCACCUGGACAAAUGCAUCAUCGCAGGUUUGGGUUUGCUGACGUUGGGCGGAAUGUUCUUGUCCGUGCUGCUGAUGGUGUCCAUAUGCAGAGGUGAAAUGUACCGGCGGAGAGCUGCCUUUGUACGGCCCAAGAGGACUUACGGAUCCAUUAACAUGCGCAUGAAACAGCUGGCGACCGGUGAGGCCAUUGAAGGAGCAGAAGGCGGCGAGGGCUUUCGGAUCGAAAUGAGAAAUAAUGGACAAUGCGCCACUAGCAGAGAUGCUAAAACAGAACCGGGGUCGUCUUCAGCGUGA